UAUGACACAUGUAUUUAUUGUAUGACAGAAGAGUUGACCAAGGUGGAAUUACCUAAACCUGGCAGCCAUCCCCAGCUAGAUAGAUCUCCAACAAGGUGGAAUGACCUAAACCUGGCAGCCAUCCCCAGCUAGAUAGAUCUCCAACAAGGUGGAAUGACCUAAACCUGGCAGCCAUCCCCAGCUAGAUAGAUCUCCAACAUGGUGGAAGAUGGUAUUAAGAAAGGAGGAAGAAGUCAGGAGACGGCGGUAGGUGGGAGAUGCUGCUGCUCCGGUUUUCGUUGCCGUUUCCUCAUCCUGCUCGUCACCGUGGCGGCCAUCUUGUUCUUCACCAACCACCAGUCAGCAGAGUGUGUCCCAAGAUGGUGGGCAGAAUACCAUGGUCGUUCAGUCAACACCAGUAGCGAAGCGGUUUCUCUCAACUCCACUGGUUUUACCAUAGACGCUCAUGAAACUGCGUCUGCCAGUUCAACAGAUCGUCAGACUUCACGUAUCCACUCUACUCAACAGGCCAUGGAACUCAACACAACACAUGAUGAAACUAGUUCCAUCACCUCUGCACUCAACAUCAUCACUAAUCUGCUCACAGAGGGCAAGGCAGUUCUGGCCACUCCUCCUCCGUAUGUGUCCCCAGGACCGUACCAUGUACAAUACCCACAUGAGUACUCCUUCAUCCUGGAUGAGCCAGAGAAAUGCCGGGAGCAGAACCCCUUCCUGGUUCUGAUGGUGCCAGUGGCGCCCUAUAACAGGGAGGCCCGUGAGGCCGUCCGCAGGACUUGGGGCAGUGAGAGGCAGGUACUGGGCAGAGAGGUCUGUCUGUUCUUCCUGCUGGGACUGCCCAGUGGAGAGGAGACAGAGCAGCUCCAGGAGAAGGUGCUGCAGGAGAGCAAAGAGCACCAGGAUCUUCUGCAGAGCGACUUCAUAGACAGCUACAAAAACCUGACCAUCAAGACCAUGGUGAUGAUGGAGUGGCUGAGCUCUCGCUGCCCCAACGCCUCCUACGCCAUGAAGAUCGACUCAGACAUGUUCCUCAACGUGAACACCUUGGUCAACAUGCUGCUUCCCGCUCCAACGCAGAACUACCAGACUGGACUAGUGGCCCGACGGGGAGCUGUUCUAAGAGACCGUAACUCCAAAUGGUACCUUCCAAAGGAGGUGUUUCCUGAACCAGUAUACCCACCUUAUGCUCUGGGUCUGGGCUAUGUCUUCACCUUAGACCUCCCCAGGAAGCUGGUGGAGGCGUCCAGGCAUGUUAAAGCCGUCUACAUAGAGGAUGUGUAUCUGGGACUGUGUAUGAGACACCUGGGCAUCCGGCCUACUGACCCCCCCAGUGGAAACCUCUUCCAUGUUUUCCCUGUGGCUUAUGACCGCUGCACCUACUCACGGCUGAUAGCCACCACCACACACAGUAUCACUCACCAGGUCAACGCAUGGACAGACCUACACAAACCUGGUCCUCCCUGCUGAUCUCAUACAGUAACAGACUGACUGAUGUACCAAUCACUUCCUUCGUUU